CCCACUUCCGGCGAGAGGCGGUGGCUGAGAGCCGAGGUGCGGCUGGGCCCGGGACCGCGCGGUGCAGGUGUCCCGCCCUCGGGCCUGCCCUCACGGACUGUCUCUAAGAGGAGGGGACGGCUCCAGGCGUGCCGGGAGGUGCGUGAAGCGCGGUCCCGCCCGGGGCUGCCGGCGGUACUGUAAGCAAGCUACGGUUGCGAAAGACAUGAAGGCACUUGAAAUCGCUUGAAGUUUUCCCUCAAGUCUCAUGUUUCUAGGUGAUAAAGUUAUAGUUUGUUUGUGGCUUGGUAUAAACCUGGCUGGUUGUCGUGCGGGGUUUUUUGUUGCAAUUGCAGGUCAUCUGGAAAAUUGGGCUUGGCUGGCCAGAAUUGCUCCUGGCUGAAAACAAUGAAGCACCAUUUUGCAUGAAACUUGUACAGGACUGAGAUCAUGGCAUCUUCAACAAACCUAGAUGUCGGGGCCCAGUUAAUUGUGGAAGAAUGUACCACAAGCUACAGCCUUCCACCCAUGCCGGACAUUAAAGUGGAGCAUCAGCUUGACACCAGCACAGAGGAAGGCCCAGCUCAGAGUGUCACCAUGGGGAUGAAAUUCAUUUUGCCCAAUAGAUUUGAUAUGAAUGUCUGCUCACGAUUUGUGAAGUCGUUGAAUGAGGAGGACAGUAAAAAUAUUCAAGAUCAAGUCAACUCUGACCUUGAAGUUGCAUCUGUCCUAUUUAAAGCUGAAUGCAACAGCCACACUUCUCCUUCCCCUGGUAUCCAAGUAAGACAUGUUUAUACCCCAUCAACUACUAAGCAUUUCUCACCAAUAAAACAAUCAACUACACUAACUAACAAACACAGGGGAAAUGAAGUCUCUACAACACCUCUGCUUGUAAACUCUUUAUCAGUUCAUCAGCUGGCUGCUCAAGGAGAAAUGUUAUAUUUGGCCACACGUAUUGAACAAGAAAAUUUAAUCAAUCAUAAGGAUGAAGAAGGAUUUACCCCUCUGAUGUGGGCUGCAGCUCAUGGGCAGAUAGCAGUAGUGGAAUUUCUCCUCCAGAAUGGUGCAGAUCCUCAGAUUCUGGGGAAGGGACGAGAAAGUGCACUCUCACUGGCCUGCAGUAAAGGAUACACAGAUAUUGUCAAAAUGUUGCUUGACUGUGGAGUUGAUGUUAAUGAGUACGACUGGAAUGGAGGCACACCCUUGCUAUAUGCAGUACAUGGGAACCAUGUGAAAUGUGUAAAAAUUCUUCUUGAAAAUGGUGCUGAUCCAACUAUCGAAACAGAUGCUGGAUAUAAUUCCAUGGAUUUGGCUGUAGCCUUGGGCUAUCGGAGUGUUCAGCAGGUUAUCGAGUCUCAUUUAUUAAAGCUCCUUCAAAAUAUUAAGGAAUAAUGGUUGGCUCUACUGCAGGUGCCACGUCUUGGCUGGGAGAUUUGAACUGCUCUUUAGCUCUAAUUGGUGACAAGAGUUGGUCGUUAUGUAACUUUACCUCAGUGCAACUAUUUGCUGGCUUUAGUUAAGCUUUUCUCUGUUCUUCCCCUUAUUUCACUGUUGUUAAUACAAAUGUGCAAUGUCAUC